AUGUAUGAGAAGAACCAGACGUGGGUCAGUGAGAUUGUUCUCUUGGGAUUUCAGAACCUCAAAAACUUCAAGGUUCCCCUGUUCUCUCUGUUCCUUCUGAUUUACAUUAUGACAGUUUGUGAGAACGUCCUCAUCAUAGUGUUGGUGUCCUCCAGCCGGAACCUCCAGUCCCCUAUGAACUCCUUUCUCCAGCAGCUGGCCCUGACUGAUCUCCUGGGGUCCUCGAAUAUUGUCCCCACCCUCCUACAGACAAUCAUUUAUGAUGGAGUCACGGUGUCUCUUCAUAGCUGUAUUAUUGUAUUUAAUCUUUUUGCUUGCUCAGAAUCGAUGCAGUGUUUCCUCCUAGCGGUGAUGGCCUACGACAGAUACGUGGCCAUCUGCAACCCGCUGAGAUACACUUCCAUAAUGAACCAUCGAGUUUGCGUCAGAUUAAUUCUCAUGUCGUGGGCGUUGAGCAUCGUUAUUACAAUAAAUACUUGGAGCAUGAUACAGACACUACGGUUCUGCAAUGAGACGACCAUUGACCAUUUCUUCUGUGAUCUUACGCCUCUUCUAGAACUUUCCUGCUCAAACACUUUCUUUGUUAAAUUAGAAAUAACGUUACACAAAGUGAUCAUUGGCAUAACUCUCCCCGGUUAUGGUUGUCUCGUGUGGCAUGGACUCCGGAAGUGA